AUGGAUCCCAACGCCUUCUCGGUGAGUCUGUUCAAAUGGGACCCAAGAGGGGCGACUGCACCACCCCAACGGUUGCUGGAAACGGUGGCUGCAACUCCGACGACGUACGUCACAAGCACAAGGCCGCCUAGGGAUAUAGGAGGACUAGACAUGUUGUUCCAAGCGUACGGUGUCCGAUACUACACGACAACAAAGAUAGCGGAGCUAGGGUUCACUGUGAGCACACUGGUGAACAUGAAAGAGGAGGAGCUGGACGAGAUGAUGAGCAACCUCUCACAGAUCUUCCGGUGGGACCUCCUUAUUGGUGAGAGGUAUGGCAUUAAGGCAGCCGCCAAGGCCAAGCAUCGACGCCUCUUAGUCGAAGAUGAUGAAUCUCGACAGCGUUGCCACCACCUCCUCCUCGCACAUGAUGCUACCAAUGUCACACGAAUUGAUGCCAACUCCUCAAUCUAUAGAAAUCCACACCAAUCUCGACAGACAACUCCUUAA